GAGGAGGAGGAGGGAGCAGGACGAGGCAGGGAGGUGUGUUGCUCUGCUGCUGCUGAAAAUCCACUCCAGACAGAUGCAUUUCCUCGGCUCCGGCACGACCAGGAGGCUGCUUUAAAACGUCCAGCCCCAACAUUUUCUUCCUCUCUCCACGCUGACUCGUCAUCAGAGAGGAAGAAACUCUCCACAAGCUCAUCCUUUUGUUCUCUUCAGACCGCAUCUCUUACAUGUCUUCUGAGACUUCUUAAGGAGCUCAAAGUCUGGUGACCCGAGACAGCUGGAUCUGUGCGUCUGCAGGUCAGAUGUUGGUUACUGUGAACCCAAAGUAAUUUCUACAACAGUUUGAGAUUCAGGGCUUUUCUUGAGGCACGUCUGGUCUGUUUCAUUCGAGUCAGCAUUGUGUUUCCACUGGAGAAAUGAGAGCCGAGGCGCUGGUGGUCUGGGUGGGUUUGACUCUGUGCUGCUGCGUCCUGGUCUGUGCUCGAGAAGACGUGAGGGAGAACAAACUCCACGGAGGCCGGAUUCAGGGGAGAGAAACCCGAGGGCUGGUCAAGCACAGGAGACAGGGGGAGGAGGGGGGCGUCCAAAUGUCUGAUGAGCCUGCUGAAGUGGUGGAAGAGCUGAAGACAAAACCAAAGAAGAAGAAAACACCUGAGGAAAUUGAGGCAGCCAAGGCAAAGAAAGCAGCAGAAAAAGAAGCCAAAGCAAAGAAGCAGAAAGCCCCUAAGCCCACCAAAAAGCCAAAACCACCAAAACCCACCAAAAAACCUAAACCACCAAAACCCACAAAGAAGCCAAAGGUGCCAAAGGCGCCAAAGGCGCCCAAAGCCACCAAGAAACCAAAGACAACGACCACAGUGCAGCCAGACAGCAGGCGUCCUUCUCUGGACGAGGAAGAGGAGAGACUGCUGAAAGAACUGGGCUGGGACACAUUGAUUCGACCUGCGACCCCUGUGGGGCCUGGAUGGGAAGAGCCUGUUGAGCCAGACCUGGUUGACAUCUCCAAGAAGCCGACGCCUCCAACCAAAACUCUCAGAGAGCCGGACGCUGACUGGGAUGCCAGACAUGAGGUGCCUGGUGGACACCCUGACAACAAAAAAGUCACAACUACUGAGGUCAUCAUGUAUAUCCCAGAGGAAACCGCCACCGUCCCGUUUGUCGGCCCCUGGUAUGAAGAGUAUGAUUACGCUGACUUGGCCGCUAAGAAACAGGAAGAGGAGGAGGAGAGAGCUCGAAAAGAAAAGGCUGAAAAAGCUGAGCGGCUGAGGAAGCAGUGGGAGGAGGAGGAAGAGGAGAGACUGAAGCAGAUUUCCGUGCCGACUAAACCAAAAAAGUGUCCUCCUCUGGGUUUGGAGUCUCACCGGGUGGAAGACGACCAGCUGCUGGCUUCCUCUCAGUCUCACCAUGGCUUCACGGCUCAGAGGGGACGACUCAACAUGCAGGGCUCUGAUAAUGACGAGGAUCUGUACGGCGGUGCGUGGUGUGCAGAGCCAGAAGAGAGUAACCACUGGUUUCAGAUUGAUGCCCGCCGAGAGGUGGAGUUCACUGGGGUCAUCACUCAGGGAAGAAACUCAGAGCAACAUGAGGAUUUCGUGUCCUCCUACUUUGUGGCCUUCAGUAACGACAGUCGGGACUGGACGACGCUGCACGAUGGCUACGCUGAAUGGUUGUUCUAUGGGAAUGUGGACAGGGACACACCGGUGAUGGGCCAGUUUGCUACGCCUGUGGUAGCGCGCUACAUCCGCAUCCUGCCUCAGAGCUGGAACGGCAGCCUGUGUCUCAGAGCUGAGAUCCUGGCCUGUCAGCUACCCAGCAGCUACCGCAGUGAGAAUGAAGUCACCCCUUCAGAUGACCUGGACUUCAGACACCACAACUACAAGGAGAUGAGACAGAUGAUGAAGGUGAUAAAUGAAGAGUGUCCCAACAUCACCAGGAUCUACAACAUUGGUAAAAGCUCUCAGGGCCUGAAGAUGUACGCCAUGGAAAUCUCUGACAACCCCGGAGAACAUGAGACAGGUGAACCUGAAUUUCGGUACACAGCCGGUCUCCAUGGUAACGAGGCGCUGGGUCGAGAGCUUCUUCUCCUGCUGAUGCAGUUUCUGUGCAAGGAGUACAAUGAUGAAAACCCCAGAGUGCGCCGCCUGGUGGACGGAGUGAGAAUACACCUGGUGCCUUCACUCAACCCUGACGCUUACGAGCUGGCCUAUGAGAUGGGCUCGGAGAUGGGGAACUGGGCGCUGGGCCACUGGACUGAAGAAGGUUACGACAUCUUCCAGAAUUUCCCAGACCUCAACAGCGUCUUGUGGGGAGCCGAAGACAGAGGCUGGGUCCCUCGUAUAGUGCCAAAUCAUCACAUCCCCCUCCCAGAAAACUUCCUCAAUGGCUCUCUUGCUACUGAGACAAAAGCCAUCAUUUCCUGGAUGGACCGCAACCCGUUUGUACUGGGAGCUAAUUUGCAAGGAGGAGAAAAACUGGUCGCAUACCCUUUUGACAUGCAGCGUCCACCAGUUUCUUUAACCGACAGCCGUCGUUGGAGAACUAAUGCUGAGAUGAACGAGGAGACGUGGGCUCGCAUUCAGCGGCAGAACGAGGGCGCUCUGAGGGAGACACCCGACGACGCCAUGUUUCGAUGGCUGGCGAUGUCAUAUGCCCACAGCCAUCUGACCAUGACAGAGACCUACCGAGGCUCCUGCCAUGGGGAUGAUAUCACUGGGGGACAAGGCAUCACCAACAGAGCCAGCUGGAAGCCAGUGGUGGGCAGUAUGAAUGACUUCAGCUACCUGCACACCAACUGCUUUGAGCUGUCCAUCUUCUUGGGCUGUGACAAGUUUCCCCAUGAAAGUGAACUGCCUCUUGAGUGGGAGAACAACCGCGAGGCUCUGUUGUCCUUCAUUGAACAAGUUCAUCGAGGGAUAAAGGGUCUGGUGAGAGAUGUGGAGGGAAGUCCGUUGCCUAAUGUCACUAUAUCUGUGGAGGGAAUACGGCAUGAUGUCAAAACUGCUGUAGGUGGUGAUUACUGGCGGCUGUUGAAUCCUGGAGAGUAUAGGGUGACCGCCAAAGCUGAUGGCUACACACCUCAGACCAGACUAUGCAUGGUGGGCUAUGACUCUGGAGCCACUUCAUGCAGCUUCACCUUAGCCAAAUCCAACUGGGACCGCAUCAAACAAAUCAUGGCACUCCACGGCAAGAGGCCCAUUCGACUUGUCCCCAAAGCAAACGUAGUGAAAACGACUGCAGCCAGCACAGUGGGAUUCACCAGCACCGUCGCAGGGACAGAAAGUCACUCCAACUCUCAGAACACAGAGCGACUCAGGCGGCUGCGAUUCAGGCGGCGGCGACUCAGGCGUUUGCAAAUACUGCGUCAGCAGAAAUUACAAGCCCGCCGUACCACUCCUGCUACAACGACAACAACCACGACCACGACCCCUACAACAAUACCCAAAACAGAGACAACAACCUCCUGGUACGACUCCUGGUUUCCUGUGGACAGUUGGUCGACCGAGAGCCCGUUCGAUAGCGCCAUCUUCGACUCAGUGCCCACAAAGGACUAUUUUGAAUACACUAUUGAUUGAUUACUACAUUCAGUGACCCCACAUCUAUGUUAUACAAAGACCUUACUAACCACUGCAGUUUCUGCACCAUCACAGCUUUAAAAAUACACAAUACAUGGGUUGUUAAUUAUUUAGUUGUUGGGUAAACAUUUUGGGUAGGGAAAAAUGUGUUUUAAGAGAAUGUCCAUAAGAUAAAUGUUUUUGAAAAUUCUUUACAGAGAAUUGAUCUGGAAUAGAAAGCUUCUGCUGAGCAGAGACUAUACACCACAAGUUUAAUUGGCUCUAUGUUCAUUAAAACGAUAUACAGCAUGUAACAAUACAAACAGGAUAUGAUUACUUCUCCAUUAGAAAUGUAUACAUAUCUUUAUGUUUCUUUAAUGGCUUUACAGUGUAAUUGCUGGCCUCAGUUAAACUGAUUUAAUGUACUGCUGAAUGCAUUUGAUUAAAAUGAAGUUAUUUUCUAAA